AUGCCGAAACAACACGUUAUCUUCGGGCGGCCAGUCCCGCAAAUCCCUCCUCGAAGGAUCGCAUUCUUACUCGCGUGCCUGGGUAUCUUCGCCGUCGGUUCCCUUCUGUUCACGCUGCCCAGCACCAUCGAGACGGGCCCGAACCUUUCCAAGUUCACCGACCUCAGGCCGUCGAUACCCAAGAAGAUUACCGGCGCCGUGUCGUCAUGGAAGAGCCGCUUGAACCCCUUUAAGCCGCCCUCGCACCCCCCGCCUCGCCAGAACAACGACACUUUGGGGGAGUCAUCGUGGUACUCGGACUGGAAGUGGCUCUCGUCCCCCUUCUCAUCCACCGUGACCCUCGACGAGAACAGAUCGAUCCUGCCGCCUAUGAAGGUACGGACGCCCAUAUACUGCUACUACGAUACAGUCCUGGCCGCGAAGAAGGAUACAGCGAGGAGGGAAGCCGAGAGUGCCCUGCUGCUCAGCUGGAGGAGAGCGUGGUGGGCACAGGGCUUCAAGCCUAUCAUCCUCAGCAUUGCUGAGGCUAUCAACAAUCCCAAGUACGCCGAGGUGCAGGGUCUCAAACUGGAGCCGGAGCUCAAGACGGACUUGAUGAAGUGGCUGGCCUGGGAGAACAUGGGCGGCGGAGUAUUGUCCCACUACCUUGUCUUCCCAAUGGCUGCGCGCGAGGACCCCUUGCUGGCGUACUUGCGUCGGGGAGAGUUUCCCGCCUUGACACGGUGGAAGGGGAUGGACGACGCUCUUUUCGUAGGACCCAAGAUCGAGGUCACAGCUGCUAUAAAACAAGUCAUAGCAAACCCGAGACUCGAGGGCUUGAAGGAUUUUAUCACUGCCGUGUCUAACACGGCAUCAAAGGAUCAAAAGGAAGUAUUCAACGUAGAUGACCCUCCCAAAUCUAUUGCAUUCUACGACGAAAAGGGUAUCAGCGCCACCUAUGGCAAGAUUGGCGAAGUCAGCGAGAGCAACUACGCCGAAUGGCUCUUGAAGCUCGAUGCGCUCAUCAAUGGUCACCUGCAGACUGCAUGGCAAAACGUCUUUUACGACGGUAUCGCCGUGGUCAAGCCGUACCCAGAGCACACUACGGCCAUGGUGGAUCCUGCACUGAAGCUCGCGGCCCGUCUGUCAACGUGCCUGGAUAGCCCCAUCCCAGCCUCAUGCCCACCCAACUGGCCCAAGUGCCGCCCGUGCAAGCCCGGCUCGGUCAAGACGACGACGCCAUCGCAGUACGCCAACACGACGGCGCUCUACAGCAUCGGCACCGUACCACAUCCGUACACCCUGCAGAGCAUGAUCAGCCGCAAACUACGGCUGGAUAUCCCAUGGCUCGUACGGCACUCGAAGCGUGACGCCUGGCUGGACGCAGUGAUGAAGGGACUGGUCGAUGAAAGGCUCUCGGCCAGCGCGCGCGUGAUACGCUUCAAAGAGGCGGUUGCGGGUGAUUAUGCAGCAGCACACAGCCUGUGGAUCCCCGCCGAGAGGGAACUACCCGACGACUUGGCGUGGCGGUUCGGGUUCCCCCUUCCCCCUGCCGAUGGCGAUGACGCCCAAAAAGACAAAACCGCGCCCAAGCCCGAAGCCAUGACGGGAACCGAAACGGGAGACAAGAAACAGGCCCGCGAUAUGGUCCCCGACCAGACUCUCGAUGAAGAGCAGCUGAAAUUGGACGAACUCGAGCGUGACCUCAACGCCGGCACCGAGGGUACUCCUGCGGCGCAAUUGCGGGAAGACAAGCUUUUGCAAAUGGCCAAGGAGAUCAGGUUCAGCGAAGACCCCUCGGAUAUCAAGGUUCGCGAGGCGGCCGAGGCCUGGAACCUGGCCGACACGGAGGCGUGGCGGUUCGUGCGUGCGUUCCUGGCCCGUUCGCGGGUUGAGCGGAUGAAGUGGGAGGAGGAGGAAAGGCAGUAUGCCGGUGGCGCCGGCGCCGAGAAGGUUAGACAAGACAGCAAAGGCCUCGGGAGGUGGCUAGAAAAGAAGUGA